AUGUCGGAUGCCAGACUUAGUCCCAACGCCAUCAGCUACAACACCACCCUGCGUGCUUGCGAGAGGGGGAGCCAGUGGCAGUGGGCCAUGGAGCUCCACACGGCCAUGCGCGCAGCCACAGUGCCCUCAGACAUCCUCAGCUACAACACAACCAUCCGGUCUUGCAACAGCAGCUCUCAGUGGAGGCGGUCCUUCCACCUCUGGGCAUCGAUCCCCGAUGCCGGGCUGACGCCCAACUACCUCAGCUACAACGCCCUCCUGCACGCGUGCGAAAUGGGUAUGCAAUGGCAGCAUGCCCUUCGAGAAUUCGGUGCCAUGACCAGUGCUCGCCUGGGAAAGGAUGCUGUGAGCUAUUGCACGGCUCUUCGUGCCUGUCAGAAGGGGCAUGCCUGGCAGGCAGGUGUGCACAUCUUCAACUCCAUGAUGCGUAAGCGCUUCUUUCCGGACGUUUUCAACUACAACGCGACCAUCAGCUCUUGCGAGAAGGGCUCGCAGUGGCUCUUGGCCUUGCAUCUACUGCAUGGCAUGCCUUCAGCUUCCCUCACGCCUGACACCGUCAGCUACAAUGCCGCCUUGGACGCUAGCAAGGCUGCCGAGCAAUGGCAGUGGGCACUGCAGCUGUUCAACUCAUUGCCAGCAUCGGGACUCCGCCCCGACGCGAUUUCUAUCAACACCACCGUCACCGCCGCAGUCGAAGGGACCCAAUGGCAACUGGCACUGCGCCUCUUUCAUUCCAUGCCAGAAUCCGAAGUCAUCCCCACCAUCGCCAGCUACAACGCCGCCAUCAGCGCCGCAGGACAGGAGUUUCAGUGGCGAUCCGCCUUGGAGCUCUUUCGGAGCGCGGCCGAAGCCCAGCUGGCCAGAGACGUGAUCACCUACAACGCGGUGAUGCGAUCCUGCGAGCAAGCUGGCCUUUGGAAGUCAGUGCUCGAAUUGCUGAGCUCCAUCACACGCGCGCAACUCUCUCCGGACGUCAUCAGCUACUUGGCCACACCAUCGCCAUGGGUGCCUGCGCUGGGAGGUGGCAGACGUCGCUGCCCCUUGGAAGGCGAAUGA